AACGAAAAUCAUUCGGCGAAAGGAAGGGGCAACCUCUAAAACCCUUGCUGUUUCGUUUGAGCAUUGAUUUCACUUGAUUUAUCAGUACCCUGCAGAGUCGAGCUUUGCUUUAUUGUUUUGAUCAAUGGCAAAUCUUCCGAUCCUCCGAUUUGAAGAGAAGAUCGUAGAAACAGUGGAAAAAAACCCGGUGGUGGUGAUUAUAGGAGAGACCGGUUCAGGGAAGAGUACUCAGCUCUCUCAGAUGCUAUACAAAAGAGGUUACACCAAUUCUGGCGUCAUUGCCGUUACUCAGCCCCGACGAGUCGCAGCUGUUUCAGUUGCAAGACGGGUGGCGCAAGAGCUUGGUGUUCAGCUUGGGGAGGAAGUGGGCUUCGCCAUUCGUUUUGAAGAUAGAACUUCAGAGAAAACACGUAUUAAAUACCUUACUGAUGGAGUCCUCCUCCGAGAAAGUCUUUCUAACCCUGAGCUAGAUCAGUAUUCAGUAAUCAUAUUGGACGAAGCUCAUGAGAGGAGUCUAAACACGGAUAUAUUGCUGGGACUGAUGAAACGGUUGAUUAAAUUGCGUGCCUCCAAUUUGAAAGUUUUGAUCACUUCAGCUACUCUUGAUGGUGAAAAAGUAUCAAGAUUCUUCUCUAGUUGCCCCAUCCUGACAGUCCCAGGGAAGUUAUUUCCUGUGGAAAUACUCUACAGCUCAGAGCGCCCCAAAAAUUAUAUCGAGUCUUCUCUGAAAACAGCUAUUGAUAUACAUGUUCGAGAACCAGAAGGGGAUGUCUUAAUAUUCAUGACAGGACAGGAUGACAUAGAGAAGUUGGUAUCUAAAUUGGAGGAGAAAAUUCUAGGCCUUGCAAAAGGGUCUUGCAUGGAUGCCAUAAUACUUCCCCUUCAUGGAUCUUUGCCACCUGAAAUGCAGGUACGUGUAUUCCAUCCUGCGCUUCCAGACUGUAGGCGAUUUAUUGUUGCUACAAACAUUGCUGAAACUUCUUUGACUGUUGACGGUGUUGUGUACGUUGUUGAUUCCGGUUAUGUGAAGCAACGGCAAUACAACCCAUCAACUGGCAUGUAUUCCCUUGAUGUUGUUCCAAUUAGCAAGGUGCAAGCCAAUCAGCGUGCAGGACGAGCUGGAAGAACAUGUCCUGGGAAAUGCUACCGGUUAUACCCAUCCAUGGUUUACCAUGAUGAUUUUUUGGAUGCUACAGUUCCUGAAAUACAGCGGUCAUCUCUUGCAGGGAGUGUCCUUUAUUUGAAAUCGUUGGACCUCCCUGAUAUUGAUAUUCUCAAAUUUAACUUCCUUGAUCCCCCUUCAUCUGAGUCAUUAGAAGAUGCUCUGAAGCAGUUAUAUCUCAUUGAUGCUAUUGAUGAUAAUGGAUCCAUUACAAGUGUUGGACGAACAAUGGCUGAACUUCCUUUAGAGCCUUCCCUCUCAAGAACCUUAUUGGAAGCAAAUGAGUGUGGUUGCUUAUCCCAGGCUUUGACAGUUGCUGCUAUGUUAUCUGCAGAAACCACAUUGAUUGCAGGUCGAAGCAAGAGCACUGAAAAGAAGAGGAAGCACCCUCCUUCGGACCUUCCUGAUGGUUCUGGCUGGGGUGAUCACAUCCAAUUACUUCAGAUCUAUGAGCAUUGGGAUCAGACCGACUACAGCGUAGAUUGGUGUAAAGACAACAACUUACAGGUGCGAGGGAUGAUGUUUGUCAAAGAUGUUCGAAAACAAUUAUCUCAAAUAAUGCAAAAGGUUGCAAAAGGGUCCUUAGAUGUACGUACAAGUGAAAGAUGGAAAGAAAGCCGACAGGCUUAUAGGAAGUUGAGGAACGCUUUGUCUGUUGGCUAUGCAAGCCAGCUUGCUGAGCGAAUGAUACGUCAUAAUGGUUAUAGAACUCUUGGUUUCAAGUCCCAACUUGUUCAGGUGCAUCCAUCCUCUGUUUUGAGAACAGAUGAAGAGGGAAUGCUCCCAAAUUACGUUGUCUACCAUGAACUUAUUGCUACAUCGCGUCCAUUUAUGCGGAAUGUGUGUGCAGUGGAGAUGUCAUGGGUCAUGCCUAUUUUGAAGAAGCUUGAGAUGAUUAACAUCAACAAACUCAGUGGUGGAUCAAGUCAAUCUGAAGAGAGGAGCGAAGGAGAAAACUCGAUCCUGCUGAAAAAAGAUGUUAAUACUGGUGGGCCACCUGAAGACCGUGAUGCUAGGAUACAAGCAGCUCGUGACCGCUUUCUGUCUCGUAAAGCACAGAGAUAGCGUUGUGCUUGGCACCAUGUGUACCGUAUCAGUACUCCUGGUGGGGGUGGGGGUGGAUGAUACAGUCUGAAGUUCCAGCUAUUCAAGGAAAAAUGAUGGCCACGUGGGACGAAGCCUUCAACUAUCAUCACUCUUGGUGGGAUCUGGUAUUGUUGAUACCUUCUGAAGUUCCAACUGUUGAUAAUAAUGGUAUCUCAACCUUAUCUGUCCAUAAUUUGUGCCGCUGAUGUGGGAGAUGAAGGCCAUGGAAGAAGAACCCAACACACGGAAGGCAAGUAUUAUACUGUUUUUGGUUAAGCGUUGGGCUCCUAGUUGUGGAUUACUCAUGGGAUGUAGCAUUAUUCAGCUAAGGUAUACACCUACCAAAAGUAUUUCCAUGAUGCAAUUUCAUUUGUUUUCAACAGAAUAAGGGAAUGACAGUCUGUCUCUCUAUACGCACACAAGUGCUCUCUUGAGAUGAGCUGUAGAAACUUUCUAAUGUCACCUUAUGCUUUAUGAAACUGUGCUGGACCUUAGCUUUAUUUAUCGUUCUUCGUUGAUGGUGG